ACUCACCCUCCUUUUUUCACCGGGCUGCUGUGGGUUUCAUUCUAAAGCUAUCCAUCAUGAAGGGCAUCCUCGGCCUUUCCCUCCUCCCGUUGCUGACGGCUGCGUCGCCCGUCUUCGUUGACUCCAUCCAUAAUGAAGCUGCCCCCAUCUUGUCUGCCACCAACGCGAGGGAGGUUCCCGACUCCUACAUCGUCGUUUUCAAGAAGCACGUCACUUCCGAGCUGGCUUCGGCUCACCACAGCUGGGUGCAGGACAUCCAUGACUCUCAGAGCGAGCGGACUGAGCUGAAGAAGCGGUCGCUCUUCGGCCUAGGUGACGAAGCCUACCUGGGUCUCAAGAACACCUUUGACAUUGCUGGUUCUCUGAUCGGUUACUCUGGUCACUUCCACGAAGAUGUCAUCGAGCAAGUCCGCAGACACCCCGAUGUCGACUACAUCGAGCGGGACUCUGAAGUUCACACUAUGGAAGGGGCCACCGAAAAGAACGCCCCCUGGGGUCUGGCUCGUAUCUCUCACCGUGAUAGCCUGACCUUCGGCAACUUCAACAAGUACCUCUAUGCCUCCGAGGGUGGUGAGGGUGUUGACGCCUACACCAUUGACACUGGUAUCAACGUUGACCACGUUGACUUUGAGGGCCGUGCCACUUGGGGCAAGACAAUCCCUACCAAUGACGAGGAUCUCGAUGGCAAUGGUCACGGAACUCACUGCUCCGGAACCAUGGCUGGUAAGAAGUAUGGUGUUGCCAAGAAGGCCAACCUCUAUGCCGUCAAGGUCCUCCGGUCGAGCGGCUCUGGUACCAUGUCCGAUGUCGUUUCUGGUGUUGAGUAUGCCGUCCAGGCUCACAUUAAGAAGGCCAAGGAUGCCAAGAACGGCAAGGUCAAGGGAUUCAAGGGCAGCGUUGCCAACAUGAGUCUCGGUGGUGGCAAGUCCAAGACCCUCGAGGAUGCUGUUAACGCUGGUGUUGAGGCUGGUCUUCACUUCGCCGUUGCUGCGGGUAAUGACAACGCUGAUGCUUGCAACUACUCCCCUGCUGCUGCUGAGAAGGCCAUCACCGUCGGUGCCUCGACUCUUUCUGAUGAGCGUGCGUACUUCUCCAACUACGGAGAGUGCACUGACAUCUUCGCUCCUGGUCUCAACAUCCUGUCCACCUGGAUUGGCAGCAACUACGCCACCAACAUCAUCUCUGGCACUUCCAUGGCCUCUCCUCACAUUGCUGGCCUGCUUGCCUACUUUGUCUCCCUCCAGCCCUCCUCGGACUCUGCCUUCGCUGUCGAGGAGCUUACUCCUGCUAAGCUGAAGAAGGACAUCAUCGCUAUUGCCACCGAGGGUGCUCUUACUGACAUUCCCUCCAACACCCCCAACCUCCUUGCCUGGAACGGUGGUGGUUCCGAGAACUACACCGACAUUGUUGGCAGCGGUGGCUACAAGGUCUCUUCUGCCAAGAACCGCAUCGAGGACCGCAUUGAGGGUCUGGUUCACAAGGCCGAAGAGCUGCUCACCGAGGAGCUUGGUGCCAUCUACAGCGAGAUUCAGGAUGCCGUUGUCGCAUAGAUCAGAACUCGUGCUUUCCAGACGUAGAUCGGAAGACUUUGGUUUUUUUGAGGUAUGGGAUGGUUGAUCGGACAUUUUGGCGCUGGUCUCUUUUUAUUGUGUCUGGUCUCGAAGACGCCGAUGCAUUGACUGUAUCGGCUGUAUCACUCCGCCCCUGCUUAUCUGUUUGGUUCAUUUUUAUGGUAGUAUACAUGU